GACUAGAUGGAAUUGUUUAACUUUUAUGUACAAUGCUGCCGAAUGAUUUUAUUUUGUACCAGUAAAAUGGUACAAAAUGGCUCCGACUCUGCUGGAAAAGCUGUUUAAUAAAAGGACAAAUGUGGCGUCGCCUUCGAAAAGUCCCAAGGAGGGUCCAGGGUUUAGCUGGACACCUGUGGAGUUUGAAGCGAACCAAAUUCGACUGAUUGUAUACCAGGAUUGUGAAAGGAGAGGCAGACAUGUUCUGUUUGAUUCUAAAGCGGUGCGUAAAGUUGAAGGUGCCUCAGUUCAGAAAAGUUCAGAUGGUCUGUCCACGUUGCAAGGGAAGUGCCACCACACAGUUAGCAGUAGUACCUGCACCCAAAAUCUCUCCUCUUCCUUUGCUAUUAAAGAGCAACUGCCUAGAUAUCAGUAUUCUCGUCCUGUUUCUGAUGUCAACAUGCUUGGGGAAAUGAUGUUUGGCUCUGUUGCAAUGAGUUACAAAGGCUCUACUUUGAAAAUACAUCACAUACGCUCUCCCCCUCAGCUAAUGAUCAGUAAAGUGUUCUCCGCCAGAAUGGGCAGUGUUGGUGGAAGCUCAAAUAUGCUACAAGAUAGUUUUGAAUGCAUCAGCCAAGAAAAUACCCUUGGAAAGCCUUGUCCUAGUCAGGAUGGCAUCAGUAACACUCACAUUGCUAGUAACCUGGGUCGUUUGUUGGUUUAUGGCAGCAAGCUGCUACUAUGUCCAACUGAACCAGGUCCACUCCAUCUCAUCCGGAGUGCUUCUUUCUUUGCAGCUCAUAGUACACCUGUGGAUAUGCCGAGUCGAGGUCAAAAUGAAGAUGGAGAUAGUGGAAUAGCACGGUCAGCAUCCCUCAGUAGUCUGUUAAUUACACCAUACCCUUCUCCAAAUUCCUCCUAUUCCAGUAGCUGUGCCAGUAGUUUCCAGCGACGCUGGCGACGCAAUCAGACUACCAGUCUUGAAAAUGGCAUUUUUCCAAGGUGGUCAGCUGAGGAGACUUUCAGUAUGGCAGAUGAAAGCUAUGCUUCGAAUCCUCAGAUGGUCCGGAGGAAGAAGAUUGCUGUUAGUGUUGUUUUCUCUCUGCCAGAGAAGGAAGAGGAAAACAGGACUUUCCAGGAGUUCUUCUUUUCACAUUUUCCCCUCUUUGAGACUCAUCUAAACAAACUAAAGAGUGCCAUUGAGCAGGCAAUGAUUUCCUGCAGAAAGAUUGCAGAAUCUAACCAGAGAGUGCAGAUUUACAUCAGCCAGGUAAUGGACAGCCUGGGAGAAUUCAGGGCCACUGUAUACAAGCUUUACACAGUCCCAAGGAUCACAGAGCCUGCAUGGCUUACAAUGAUGUUCAAUGCAUCAGAGAAGAACAGGCUAUGCCGCUGCUUUAUCAGAGAUUUCACCUUGCUGAUCGAACAUAUGUCAAAGAAUCAAUUCUUUUCAGCAUUGCUAACAGCUGUGCUAACGUAUCACCUAGCCUGGGUUCCCACAGUUAUGCCGAAUGACCACCCUCCUAUAAAGGCAUUUUAUGAGAAACGUGCAUCCCAGAAUGUGAACCUUUUGGGCAAAUCACAUCCGUACAAUCCUCUCUGGGCACAACUUGGUGAUUUGUAUGGAGCUAUUGGCUCUCCAGUGAGGCUCGCCAGGACUGUUGUGGUUGGCAAACGUAAAGAACUAGUUGAGCGCCUACUUUUUGUCCUUAGCUACUUUAUACGGUGCUCAGAUCUUCAAGAAAACCAGCUAAUAUGCAAAGAGAAACCCUCAGAAGGUGAGAAUAUCCAAGCAGGAACCAACAUCUCCACUGCACUAGUGAAGGGAGAAGUGGAAGAAUCAGAAUAUGUAGUGGUCAGUGUUCAUAAAGAUGAUCCUACUGUGGUGACUCCACUUCGAUCUUCAACCAGUGUUGAGAAAGAAAAUACGAUGGUUGUAGAUAAAUCAAUACAAGUAGAUAUAAAAUCCAAAGCAGUUAGUAAGACUCAAUCUGAUAGCUAUGAAAGGUAUACGUCUGGACAGUACGAUGAAGCACCUUCAGUUGUGAAUGGAGCCCAAUUUGACACUGCUAACACGUGUGCAGAAGUCACAAUGAUUCAAGAAAACACAAAAGAGACAAUAACAACCAUGAAAGAAUCUGCACUGUGUGAUACAGAGACACAAAUGCUUGGGCAUGAGGCGUUUGGAUUAACUGAUGGACCUACUUGUUCUGCAUCACCAACUGCAGCAAAGCUGACAAGCAGUCUUCCAGUGAAAAUAUCUCGAGCUGCUUCUGUCCUAUCUGGAAUGAAGUGUCCAGAUAGGUUUCCUCAAAGGAGCCCAUACCUGCAGGAUAGAGUGCUGUUUCAGAUUGGGUGUUCACUAUCACCUGACUCUGAUAUUGAAACUAGAAGGAAGGAAAUGGAAGAGCAGUUGGAACGCCUCAGGGACCACAAAGGUGGAAAAAAUAACAGUAAUCGAGUACAAAAAGACAUCAACGUGUCAAAAACAGACAGAGUAGAUCAACCUGCUGAGGACCAACCAGAGAUGGCUGACGCUGUAGGAAGAAUGCAGGCAAAGCAGGACCAUUAUUGUGAGAGAAUUCCUUUCUCUGAAGGAAGCAUAAGUAUCUCUGAACAUUUCACUGAGGACAGUGGCCCUGCAGCAAGCAACAUAGCUGAGCUAUCUAACCAGGCUUGUGGUAUCUCCAUUGCAAAGGAAACUGUCAUAUCAUUUGUAUGCUCAAAUGGAGAAAACACCACCAGCAACACCGCAAACAUAAGAACUUCAUGCUGUGAUGAUUUGAAAAUGCCUCCACUUGAAUUGGUUGGUGCUAAUUCUGGCAGACAGGAUUAUGGGGACAGCGCCUCUACUGUCAUCCCUUGUCGGGAGGAUGGUGACUCUGAGAAGGACAUUACCUUGAGGAUAGAUGGUGACAUUCCCAGGAAUGAAAGUUCUGACAGUGCUCUUGGAGACAGUGAUGAUGAGGAUGUAACCCAUGAUUCAUCUACACAAGGACUGGAGUAUUUUAAUGAGAGACGAGAUACCAUGGAAGAGCUUGAACUUUCAAUGCCAAGCAUCAAAAUGAGCAGCAGACCAAGUAUCAGUAACUUUGGAAAAUCUUUGUUUGGUGGCUACUGUUCUCAAUAUGUCCCAGACUUAGUCUUACAUGGAACUUGCUCUGACGAGAAGCUGAAACAGUGUUUAAUGGCGGAUUUAGCACAUGCUGUGCAGCACCCUGUUUUGGAUGAGCCUGUUGCAGAAUCUGUCUGUAUUAUUGCAGACACCGAUAAGUGUUCAGUGCAAGUGGCUACAAACCAAAAGAAAAUGAUGGAUAGCAAGUUGGGCAAAGAGGUGUUGGUCUCUAACCUGGUUUCCUCCUUGCUCCAAUCCAUUCUUCAGCUUUACAAACUAAAGCUCCCACCUGAUUAUUGCUUAACCCAUCUUGAGGACAGACUACAAGAACUGUAUUUUAAAAGCAAGAUGCUGUCCGAAUACCUGAAAGGCCACACCAGAGUGCAUGUAAAAGAAUUGGGAGUGGUGCUGGGGAUUGAAUCAAGUGACUUGCCUCUGUUGGCUGCUGUAGCAAGUACUCAUUCUCCAUAUGUUGCCCAGAUAUUAUUAUAAGCUAAAUACUCAGAACAUCCUUUGUCGCAAAAAGACUUAAAAAUCAAGCUGUGAGCAUUGGACAGCACUGAGUUGGUAAACUUCAAGCACAUUGGUUGCAAGUAGCAUGCAUAAUGAUGACCGGUUUGUGCAUUCGGUAAUCUUUUUAUAAUGUAGAUGUUCUGUCAUUUUUCAGACGUUAUCUGAUGUACAUGUUGAUAUACCAAUGAGAAAUUUUAAGUGUCUGAUAUUUUUAAUGGAACUUAAUGAAGUCUAUCAAAUUCUUCAAACACUAUAUAAAAAGUGAUUACAACUAAAGCAUCUAUUUUAGAAGAAACAGACCAGACUCCCAUGUCAUCUUGAAUGUUUGCUUCUGUGGUGUUUUGACUUCUGAGUCACUUCAUCUGUUGCCUUAACUGAUACAUAAUUGAGUAUUACAAAACAAAGCAUUCCUAUUCAGAAGAAUAUGAAAUUGCAUCUAUUGAUUUUACUUUUUUUUAAUUGCGGGAUACUAGACAAUCCUGCACAAAGCACAGCAAAAAAAAUCAGAUUUAGCAGUUUACUUUAUGCAUUGGUUUGACAAUUUGAGUCUAGUUGUCUAGUCAUCUUUAAAGGGACAAAGUAGGCAGAAUUUUAUAUUUUUAAAAACUUCUAUGGAGUAUCUUAAGUGUUUACAAUGAUUUCUAAAUUUAUGCAAGGUAGCAUUUUUCUGUUAAACCACAUACAAUAUAUGGAAUGAUGGGGCUAGUCUUGAGACAUCAGCUUUGCACAAAAAUAAACACUGCCCUUUUUGUAUUUAAUUAAUAACCUAAUUAUAUAUCACCAACAGGGUCAUGCCAAAUAAUUGCCAGACUGAUUUUAAUGGAGAAUUCUAAAAUGUGGAAUGAUAGAAGUAUUGAAAAUUGGGAGUGGAGUAUGCUAUAUUUUGGUUGUGUAAAUGUGUAUGGUGCAAUCUCAGCUAAUAACUGUAUAGAGUCAGUUUUAUCAUAAAUAUAAUGACAGUAAUGAAUUUUAAAAACCUGUUAGGGAACGUUCUAAUUAAAAGCUACAAAUAAUUCAGUUGAUAACUAUCCCAAAAUGUGCUGCAUCUUCGUCCAGUGGUUGGGACAAGAUUUUUAAAAAUAUUAUACUGCAGCUAAUAAUAUUUCCUGUGGAACCAGAUAGUCAGCUCAGUGAUGAGUCACCUUUCUGAACUAGUGCACAGAACACCUUGGAAAUCAUCUUCCGCUGUUGAUUUCAGCGCAAGACAGAAGAGUUUCCUAUCUGGUACAUAAGUUGACUUUAUUGGUUGAAGAAAUUUCAUGAAUAGUUUUACUGUUCCUUUUCCUUCAUAUAGCCUUUGCUUCACAAAAAUUCAUCUAAGGUUAAUACUAUACAUAUGAUAUACUUGCAUAUAUGACAAAACUGUUUUGCUUUUACUUUCAUUUUUUAAUGCUGAACAAACUGGGCAAAGUUUCUGUUAAUAAAGAAUUUGAAUUUAGGUAUGUAGGUGAUUGCCACAUAACUAAAAAAAAUCAUGUUUUAUGCCUGGAAUUAUGAAGUGGAAAAAAUAAUGAAAUCCACUAUGAACUUACGUCUGAAGUUUGAUUGUCUUACUUGCUUUCAGUGAAAGUAGGAGCUUGAUGCUAUACUUCAGUAUUUUCUAGUUUUGGUUUUAAAUGAUCAAUUCUCUGAUCUAAAUAUCAUUCUCAAGCAUGCAAAUCUUUCUAUAUUUAUACAAUUAUUUGCAGGGAAAUGGACAUCUAACAAUAUAUGCAUAUUGUUCUUAAACUUUCAAAUUUUAUGGAGCCUGAAAAGUUGUCUGCCACUUUUUGAAGGCAGCAUACCAUUUUGAUUUUCGAUUGCCACAAACAAUUAUAAGUUACUGAUGAGUGCGUUUUAAAAUAUUUUAGCAUCCAGGAAACUUUUUAAACUGACCUAAUUUAAUAUUUGCCAACGACAUUAAGUUUUUAAUUUUGUUUAUUCCCACAAAACCGGCUGCACCAAAUAUAGAAACUCAAACAAAAUUAAAAAGGACAGAAAAUAGAAAUUGCUGGGAAAGCUCAGGUCUGGCAGCAUCUGUGGAG